AUGGCUAGAGUGAUACUUGCGCUACUUGGAAUCCUUCAGAUUGCCCUUGCAGCCAAUAAAUGGAUAGUUCCAGGCGCUGUUUGGCGUGAUACUGACGGAAAUGUUCUUCACGCGCAUGCUGGAGGAAUUACUCAGGAUGGCGAUACGUGGUAUUGGUUCGGACAAAAUGAAGAGCAAGGAAAGCCUCUUUUCAGUGGUAUGAAUCACUGUUAUUCUUCCAAGGACCUUUUGAACUGGAAAAAUGAAGGGAUUGCGCUAGCUCCAGUUAACGGUACAGAAAUUGGGCCUGAACAAGUGGUCGAACGGCCCAAGGUAGUAUACAACGAGCCAACGAAGACAUGGGUGAUGUGGUUCCAUGCAGACAAUAGCUCGUACGGGCUCUUGGGACAAGGUGUAGCCACAAGCCCCAAUAUCACAGGUCCAUAUACUUUCCAGUAUACUCUUCGGCCUCUGGGAGAUUUCAGUCAAGAUAUUGGGCUCUUCCAGGAUGAUGACGGGAAGGUCUACACGCUUUAUAGUAAUGGUGACUCAGACCCUGCGCAUGACAAUAAGAUUACACUCUUGAACGAAAACUAUACGCAACCUCUGAAGGAAGUAUAUACUUUUUACGAUUUCGAUCUAGAGGCCCCAAAUAUCUUGCGAACUCCAAAUUUAUACUACAUUAUUAUGUCCCAUAAGACUGGCUAUCGUCCGAACAAUGUUGUUUAUUUCUCUGCGCAAAAUAUUUCUGGACCCUGGUCCAUCCAAAACUACAUCACACCUAUGGGAACUCGUGCGUUUAAUAGUCAAAGUACUUUCAACAUUAGAGUCAAGGGUUCAAAGCGCACGAGCUGGAUAUAUGCUGGUGAUCAGUGGGCUACCUCCCGAGAUCUCUACGAAAGCACAUACAUUUGGCUCCCUGUUGAAGUGGAUGACCGCACUGGCUCACUCAAAAUUACUUGGCACGACAUCUUUUCUAUCGACGUUAAAACUGGGAACUUCAUCUAUCCUACGGGCAAGACGUACGAGGCUGAGAAUGGAGCCGUCACUGGUUCUGCCUAUGCAACCCGAUGUCCUACCUGUUCCGGAAACAAGAUCGUAACUGGGAUUUCCGGCUCAAAUUCGACACUUACUAUCAGCGGGAUCAAGGGUAACGGCCGACCCCAAUGGGUAUCAUUCUACUAUCACAACCCCGAUGGCCUCUUUGGCGAUAACCGUGGUGUGAGUGGCCAGAGCUUCCAGCUUGCACGAUUCGCCUCCGUUUCCAUCAAUGGUGCAACGCCAGUAAGAAUGCGUCAGCGUGACACUAAUGCAGGGGUAAUCAUGACCCAAUCUUUGAACGUGACUUUCACGAAAGGGUCCAAUAACAAUAUCACGAUCGGAGGGUACAAUGGUGUAUCCCCGCUUUACACACGAACCUACCUCACUAUGGAUCGCGGAUCGGAACGUCGUCAAAAUUUUAAAAACAAGGCCGGUUUGAAGCAAGACGAGCUCCGUCGCCGCCGCGAGGAGCAACAGAUUGAAAUUCGCCGACAGAAGCGCGAUGAGAACAUUUCCAAGCGUCGUAACCUUGCAGUUGACGUUGGCCCCGAUUCAGACGAUGAGGCGGCGGAGGGAAGUGGCUGGCAAGCUGACCUUGCCAGUGCUAUGGUAUCAGACGUGUUUUCAACCGACCAAGACCGACAGCUCGAUGCCACCACCAAAUUCCGCAAGCUACUCUCCAAAGAGAAGAACCCUCCUAUUGAGAAAGUCAUUGAAUGCGGUGUUGUUCCUCGAUUCGUCGAAUUUUUGCGGGGAAACCAUUCGAUGCUACAGUUCGAAGCUGCAUGGGCGUUGACGAAUAUUGCCUCUGGAACCGCUGAUCACACACAAGUCGUUAUUUCUCAUGGUGCCGUUCCAGAGUUUAUCAACUUGCUCUCGUCUCCUGUCAUGGAUGUUCGUGAGCAAGCUGUUUGGGCCUUGGGUAAUAUCGCUGGUGACUCUCCCAAGUGUCGCGAUUAUGUUUUGCAACAAGGCGCACUUCGCCCAUUACUUGCCUUGCUCAGUGAGCACCACAAGCUCAGUAUGCUUCGUAACGCGACCUGGACUCUCAGCAACUUUUGCCGUGGCAAAAACCCUCAGCCUGACUGGGAUCUCAUUUCUCCUGCUCUAACAGUUUUGACUAAACUUAUCUAUUCGAUGGACGACGAAGUUCUGAUUGAUGCAUGCUGGGCGAUCUCAUACUUGUCUGACGGAUCGAAUGAUAAGAUCCAGGCGGUCAUUGAGUCGGGAGUAUGUAGGCGCUUGGUCGACCUCUUGAUGCACCCUUCUACUUCUGUCCAAACUCCGGCUCUGCGCUCAGUCGGCAACAUUGUUACUGGUGAUGAUCUCCAGACUCAAGUGGUAAUUGCAUCCGGUGCUCUUCCGGCCCUUUUGUCCCUUUUGUCGUCGCCCAAGGACGGCAUCCGAAAGGAGGCAUGCUGGACGAUCUCCAAUAUCACAGCUGGCUCCCCUCACCAGAUUCAAGCCGUGAUUGAGGCCAACAUCAUCCCUCCCCUUAUCAACAUCCUUCAGAACGCUGACUUCAAGACGAAAAAGGAAGCGUGCUGGGCGAUUUCUAACGCGACAUCAGGUGGUCUCCAGGAGCCAUCUCAGAUUCGCUAUCUCGUGUCGCAAGGAUGCAUCAAGCCGUUAUGUGAUCUUUUGACAAUGUCGGACAACAAGGUUAUUCAAGUUGCACUCGACGGCCUCGAUAAUGUUCUCAAGGUUGGCGAGAUGGAUAAGGAGGCAGCGGGCCCGGGUGCUGUGAACCAGUAUGCCAUCUAUGUCGAGGAGGCUGGUGGCAUGAUCACCAUUCACAACUUGCAGCAUCACGACAACUUGGAGAUCUACAAGAAGGCCUUCUUCAUUAUGGACAGGUACUUCCCUGACGAGGAGGAAGAGGAUGUUGCCGGCCACGUUGAUGAGGCGAGCACCUUUGCAUACAACACCGACGUCGCUGCUCCGCAAGGUGGUUUCAAUUUUGGCCAGCAAUAG